AUGACUACCGUUAAAGAACGAGAAAUUAACUUCCAAUUCGCCAACGAGUGCGAUCUUGAGAUCCACUGUUCACCAUUUGGACUCAGUGGGGUCUACAUCAAGAUCAAGGGAACCAACAUUAUGGGCAUUGGGUCAACAAUGGGGCUAAUCACAGGAACCUCCAAAGGGUUGAUCCACUAUAACGACUGUGCGGACUUGCAGGACCAGAAAUAUAAGUUGUUUGUUGUUGUGGAUGGCAGCGGCAUGCUUCGAAUCGAUUUCACAAAGAUUCAAUCAUUACUGAAUGCAUCACAGGACCAAGACAAGACUGCGCUGGAAGUCAAGGAGGAAGAUGACCUGCCCUCGCUCAUAUUCAUGGGUGUUUGUCCCGAAGGACACCCUGACAAGGUUGACCCCUUCAUUGGAAUUUUUUCCUUUGAAAGGGAAGAGUAG